AGUUAGCUGGGCAUGGUGGCGGGUGCCUGUAAUCUCAGCUACUCAGGAGGCUGGGACAGGAGAAUCACUUGAACCCAGGGGACGGAGUUGUAGUAAACUGAGAUCAUGCCACUUUACUCCAGCUUAGGUGAAAGAGUAAAACUCCAUCUCAAAAAAAAAAAGAAGAGGGGUCAAGUUGUCAGUUGUGCUGUCCCCACCCGACUGAUAACAUAGGAGCCCUUUGGAGAGAUUUGCUGGUACAAAGUAGGCCUCCAUGCCUGCAGCCUGGACUGUUGCUGUCACCAUAUUGCCUGGCCCCAUCAGCUCUGGCACACACCCCACCUUGGUAGCUUGGCUGGGCCAGAGGACUGAAAGCUUACAGGCAGAGGUCAUACUGGCCCUGUGGAGGAGGUGAGGCGCAUGACUGUGGCUGAUAAGAGCCUUGUCUUUCAAGAACCUGUUCUUUCAAGUGUGACACCACUACUAGCGAGGCGAGUGAACUGUUCUGACCUCUGGUCGCCAGGCUAGGACAGGGAAGCCUCUGAGACCCGAGGCUGCUGCACCCUCAGGGCCUUGUGUCCCAGAUGCUCCCAGCAUUCUCAGGGGCUUAGCUUGUCCUGUGAGUUGGAGCUUUGGGCCGAGCCUGUUUCAGAAUGCCAGCCAGAUCACUGUGCUCUCUGGUUUCCCGAGGGCCUCUGUGCCUAUGCAGUGACUCCACAGACCCUGUUUUGUGGCUUUCCUUUUCACUGAAGCAGUCACUUCCCCCACUGCCUGGGCCCAUCUUGCAGGUUCGCAGUGCUGGUGGUUGGAUUGCGACCUCUCUCCUGGUAUUCUCUUCCCUAUUCUCACAUCCCACAUCAGAGGAUCUGGGGAUAGAUGCUGGGUUUUUAAGUCCAGUCCUUCAACUCUGGGCAGAAAGGACUGUGGCCUGGAGGUUCCAGAGCCUAUCUCCUCUUUCCCUUGGUAUGUAUGCAUGGGCAGGACUUGGAAGUGCCCUAGCUUAGCCCCUUGGCAUGAGCCCCUGCUGGGGUCUAGCAGGUCUGACCUUUUCCAGGGUGGCCAACCUGCCAGAGCUUACAGUGGAGGGAGGGUAGGACCCAGACUAGAGCCCUUUGCCAUGGUCCAGCCUUGGGAAGGGGCAGGCAAGGGCAGUGGCAGACAGCAGAAGCACCAGUCCCAUUGCUUUCUCCUAGGCGAGGGGCAGAGUGGCCGGAGUCUUGGAGUCCUUGAUGUUGACAUCCAAGAGUUGGGAGACGGGGAGGGAAUGCCCUGCCCUCCCUGCCACUUCAUGUGACCUGCCCUGGCUCGGCUUUUUAGGAGAGCAUUUGUGUCCCCGCCCUGGAAUCUCCUCCUCCUGCUGUAUGCCCUUGGUGGAGAUUGUUCCAGGAAGCCUGUGGUGUGGGGUGCUCUGUUGCUACGAGCUGAUUUCCUGCCAGAGGGUUGAAGGUUACCUGGAGAUACUGCUCACUUUGCUUCCCUUUUACCCCUCUUCUGGAGAGGACAGUGAAGCACACAGAGGUUCUUUUCUAACCCUCUCACACCUAACCUGGACCUCCACAACCAGGCUGGUCUGUGUAUCUGGGGAAGCCAGGGCUUGGGGAGGAGCGGACUGACCCGUGUUCUGUGAAGAUUGAGGAGGGCCCACUUUGAUGAGGGGUCGUGCUGCGGCAGCCUGGCGCCUCACAAGUGAAGGGAAACCUGCCAGGGGAUUACUACGAGCUAACAGCAGGACAGGCUGGCCCCGGGGGAGUGGGGAUGGGCAGUGCUGCUGCCGAACCCUGGCCAGAGGUACCAGGAAGGAGGCCUGGGCCCUGGCGGGGAGCUCGACACAUGCUCGCCUGACCCAGAAGAUAUUGGACACAGUGCCCUGCCCAGUGCCAGAGGACCCCACAGCCACAGUAGGAGCUUUGCAACCCUUACGUGACUGUAGCUUGGACUGUGGCCACCAGGAGAAGGGACCAGCACCUCAGAUGGACAGGAACUCCGACGAGAAGGAUCUCAGUCUAUAGUGGAGUUUUCCAACGCUCACAGCACUUCCUGUUUUUCUCCUCUCAGGGUUGGGGUCUAGCUCCCCUCCUCCAGCAGAGGUGUUGGGCCAAGAGGAUCAGCCAAGGUGGGACAACCCUUGCAUGGAACCCAGGUCCCCUGAAGUCCAUGUGCUCUCCAUUGAGACUGGAGUUCUAGGGCUUCCCUGCUGCCAGGGACGAGGGGCCGCCUCAGUGUCUGCUCAUGAGCCACGAAGUCCCCAACUGCUCCAGACUGGAUUAUUUCAAGCCACCAAAGAGGGGGACCCCUAGAGCUGGCAGCCAGCAAUCCCAAGGGACUAAAGGGCUGCGAUGGACUGACCUCCCCCUCGCCAGAGUGGCGGAAGAGGCAGAGCCUCUGUGGCCCAGCUAGUGACGGAGAGACCCGAUGAAGCUCUAAGCAGGGGCCCGCCUGACUCAGGGACAGGACAGCAACUCCUGCCAACGUGCGUUCUCCCCACGUUGAGGGAGGGCGUAGCAAGGGCCCUGCCACUGUCCCCUGCUGCAGCAGCUGCCCCUAUGCCCUUUGCAUGUGGUGCCACAACAGUCAGGCUACGCCGUGGCUGGCCCCUCAGUGGGCUGGGAAAGGAGUGGCCACGGUGACCGCCGUGUGACUGCCAGCACCAUGAAGUGCUCCCUGCGGGUGUGGUUCCUCUCUGUGGCCUUCCUGCUGGUGUUCAUCAUGUCCCUGCUCUUCACCUACUCACAUCACAGCAUGGCCACACUGCCCUACCUGGACUCGGCGGCCCUGGGCGGGACGCACCGGGUGAAGCUGGUGCCUGGCUAUGCCGGCCUGCAGCGCCUCAGUAAGGAGGGUCUCUCGGGCAAGAGCUGUGCCUGUCGCCGCUGCAUGGGCAACGCCGGUGCCUCCGACUGGUUUGACAGCCACUUCGAUGGCAACAUUUCCCCCGUCUGGACCCGAGAGAACAUGGAUCUUCCACCUGAUGUCCAGAGGUGGUGGAUGAUGCUGCAGCCUCAGUUCAAGUCACACAAUACCAACGAGGUGCUGGAGAAGCUGUUCCAGAUAGUACCCGGCGAGAACCCCUACCGCUUCCGGGACCCCCACCAGUGCUGGCGAUGUGCUGUGGUGGGGAACUCAGGCAACCUGCGGGGCUCUGGCUACGGGCAGGACAUAGACGGGCACAACUUCAUCAUGAGGAUGAAUCAGGCACCAACUGUGGGCUUCGAGCAGGAUGUUGGCAGCCGAACCACCCACCAUUUCAUGUACCCUGAGAGUGCCAAGAACCUGCCCGCCAACGUCAGCUUCGUGCUGGUCCCCUUCAAGGCCCUGGACCUUCUGUGGAUUGCCAGCGCCCUGUCCACAGGGCAGAUCCGAUUCACCUACGCCCCAGUGAAGUCCUUCCUUCGAGUGGAUAAAGAAAAGGUCCAGAUCUACAACCCAGCCUUCUUCAAGUAUAUCCACGACAGGUGGACAGAGCAUCAUGGGCGGUACCCUUCCACAGGGAUGCUGGUGCUCUUCUUUGCCUUGCAUGUGUGCGAUGAGGUGAACGUGUACGGGUUCGGGGCCGACAGCCGGGGAAACUGGCACCACUACUGGGAGAACAACCGGUAUGCGGGCGAGUUCCGGAAGACAGGCGUACACGACGCGGACUUCGAGGCCCACAUAAUCGACAUGCUGGCCAAGGCCAGCAAGAUUGAGGUCUACCGGGGUAACUAAGCCGGGCCUCGCCGUGCUCCUCCCGGCACAACCGUAAGGCGCCCGCGCUCCGGCCCGGGACCUGGGACCUGGGACCUUGGACCUGGGACCCAUCAUGCUGCAGUACAGGGGGCGCCUGCUGUCCCCCGCCAAUCAUGAGACUCGGGACCGGCUGGGCCUGGCACCAAUCAGCGCUGCAGUCGGGCGGAGCUUCUGUUUCUCCCCGCUAAUCAUGCGACUCAAGGAGAACUUCCGGUGCUGGGUCCCGUCUCCUCCAAUCAAUGGCCUUCGGGGGCGGGCCGGUGGCCGCUCAGUCCCCACUUCUUAUGCUUUGGGUUAGCGUUUUCUUUCCCGCUUUCUGAGGAGGAGAGCAUGCUGUGGGCCUUGGCGAAGCACUUCUUUCAGGCUCCGCCGAAGGAGCGUCUCAGUCGCUGGCCGGCCCGGGAGGGGAGUGGGCGCCCUCCGCAGUCGUUGCGGGCCUCAGGAGAGCGGUGGCCGCCUGGCCCCUUUCCCCGCCGGCCCGGAUGGGCGCGUGCAGACCCACCAAAGAAACGCCGUCGGGGCGGAGCCCGGGGCGCGGGACCCGCUGUCCCACCCCGCCCCGCCUCGGCAGCACUGUGGGACGGCCGCUUCCCCAGGGCCUCUCGCGUCUCCAGGAAGCCGGGAGUGGCGUCCCCUGCAGGGUGGGGUGCGCCCGGGCCGAACUCCGGACAGGUGGAGGGGACAGGGCAGGAAGCCCUGUCCCCUCCAGUGCAAGGUGCUCUCACUCACGUGUGCCCUCGGCCCUCCUGUUCACCCGCAGCCUUCUCAGCGCCUCUCCCUGGGCCCGGGGCCUCUUCACCAGCCUACCUGUUGCUCUGGAAAAAAACCCUGCCUCCCGGCUCCCUCCCUUCCCCAGUCUUUGGCCAGCUCUGGGGAGGUGGCUGAAUGGCGGAAGGAGGCUGGCGAUGGGCCCGGCUGCUCGCUGCAUGCACCUCCUUCAUCCAUCGCCUCUCGCUUGGGGAUGACUGCCUAGGGCUCAUGUUUUGGUUACGCCGAAGCUGCCAAGGGUGGCCGACCCGCAGAUUAUUUGCAAAUCCUGAGCUGGCCCAGCCCGCAACCCGCAGCCGGCCGGGGAAGAGGAGACUUGUGCACAGCAGGUCAUCUCCCUCUACCCCGCUCUCCAUCUCCUGCUCUAGAAGGGCUGAGAAGCUCGCGGCUAGGGUUCCACCUGGAAGCUGCUUGCAUGGCUGAACCCAGCUUAGGUCCCUGACUGGGCUGCUGGUGAAUUCUCCCCCUUCGAGGCUGGGGAAGUUUAGGAGGGGGCAAGGGCUUCUGUGAAGCUCUCAGACCACUAAUAGAACCCCCUUCCCAACAGUGACGGUGCAGAUGCUCCCCCUUUUCCUAGUUGACACCACCAGGCAGCCUCCUGGCCCUUGGUGGGUUCCUGCAGCUGGAUGGGGGAACAGGGACCGGCAGGGGACUUGGUUAGGAGAGGGUUGGGACGGGCAGUGGGCACCUCUGAAAGUUAAUAUAUUGGGAACUUAGCUUGAAUGUGGUCCUUCCCAAUUCCGAAAGUAGGAAGAGUAAAAAUGGGGGUGAUGGGAGGACAAUGCCUCUUGGGGCGCCCCCAAUCCCCACGGUUUUAGAGAGCUAGGACCCAGCCAGUCUUGCCACUCCCAUCUCAGUGUUUCCUGAAGAGGCUGUUUUGAGUGUUGAAAAUAUGAAAAACAAUGCAAUUAUGCCAAACAGUA